UUUGUGAGUUGGUGAGCGUGAGUUGGUGAGAUGAGUUGGUGGACAUGACUAGUUACUGUUCCUCGAUUCACUCAUUAUGCAGCUUUUCAUCCGAUGAACCUUUCAACCUUUUAAGCUCUUUUCAUAUUAAUGGUUUUAUUUGUCUUUGGGCUACCCCCGUCGUCAGCCCCCCAAGUCAGAGGUUUUUGGGGUAUUAGGCUCAAAGACUUCUGACUUUUAUGCAUGUCUUUUAAAGGCUUCAAGGGUUCGUUGUUUGGAGGCUUGAAGGGUUUGAGGCGGUUACUUUUUUGAAUUUUGAAAUUUAAUCGAUUUGACAGUUGAUUGGACAUGUGUCAGGCGGCGGAUUGGCAGAGAUUUUUAUUUUUAUCUUUAAUACCCUUACUUUACUCUUAUAUUCAUUUUUACAAUUACAAAACUUCAUCAUUUUCCCUUCAAUCAUUCACAGUUUUUCCUCCCUCAGGUUAGUUUUCUUCUCCGUUUUCACUUUUACUUUUUUCGAUCAUGGGUGCCCUUAAGGAUUUAGCGAGGUCAUUUUCUCGGUUGACACAAGAGGAGGUAGACCUGUUUUGCCUUGAAUAUGGUAUCGAUAAACAGUUUAAUCCGACCGCCCCUGCUUGCGAUGCUUCCGUUGACAAACCGAUUCCUGGUUUUAUUGCUUUGUAUUGUCGGCAUUUUGAGUGGUCUAAUCUUCGUUACCCUUUUUCGUUUUUUGUUCUAAAUUUGCUUGAAUAUUAUCGAGUGUCUUUUGGGCAAGUUCAUCCGAAAGGAAUGGCUAGGGUUUUGCACUUUGAAGUGCUGUGUCGUGCUUUAGGUUAUGAUCCUUCAUUGUUGCUCUUUCGGAGGUUCUUCCGGUUAGCCAAAAAUGGUGAUUGGUUUACUUUUGAGAACACAAAGGUUGAUACUUGUCUUGUUUCAUCCAUGGUUACAACCCUUGGAUCAUGGAAGAAUACGUUUUUCUGGGUUUCUGAAUCCAUUAUUCCUUUCAAAAUGGUGUGGAGGCAUCCGGAUGCUGUUCUCAACGAUCCGGAGCCUUCCGAGUCUGAAUUGAAUGAUGCCUUUCUUUCAGCCAUUCGGGGGUGCCCUUCGAGGGUUCGCCCUUUUCCCGAACAUUUGUUAGUGCUUUUAGGGGUUAGUAAUAUUUGGGCAAAAGUUGAUCGGGAUCCGGUGUUGAUGAGAAAUGGCCUUGUUAUGUCUGCUUUGGACUUCAUCAAGAGUGACGAUACGUCCGAUGUGGUUUUUGAAGAUGCUCCGACUGUUCCGGGUGAAAAUGUUGUUGUGAGGACCUCUGAGCAGAGGUUUGAGGGUUCAGGUUAUGUCAGUGUUGCAAAUGCGAAGGGUUUUACCAAGUCCAAUGUUCCCAAGCCUUCAACUCGCCGGUUAUCUCGUCGUUUACUGAAAGCUGCUCCUCAAUCCACUUCCACUGAGCCAGUGGAUUUGAGUGAUGAUAUCGAGGCUUCUGAGGAUCAGGCUGAAGUGGAGGUUGAGAAGGAGAAGGAAUUAGUUGUGCGUGGUAAGAAGGUUCGAGGGAAGAAGGGUGUUGCUACCCCUGUUCAAGAAUCGUCGAGCAGAGACGUUGAAGGGUUGAACCCUGAGGGCACUUAUGUGCCUACUUGGUUGGUUAAGAAUGAUGACACUUUUAAGGAUGCUGCUGUUUGUGAAGAUGCUCUUAGUCAUCUUGCUCCUCCUUCCGUUCGUGAAGCUAUUGCUGAGAUGGAUGAUGACACUAUGUUAUCUCGCAUGGUUUUAACUACUUGUAACCUUGCAGCCAUGCUUCCCCAAGGGAUUACACGCUUUCGCCAAAGGAUGCGGGAGUAUGAGGAUUUUUCUAAAAAGAAAGACAAAAUGAAAUCCUCCCUUGCAUCGAUGAAGAAGGAAGUGGCUGGGUUUGCAGAGAAGGAGGCAGCUUGGAAGAAGGAGAUUGAGGAUCUGAAGAAGAUGCAUGCCAUUGAGAUGGGUGACCUGAGGAAAAGUUUUGAAGCAAAUUUGUUGAAAUUGAAGGCUGACCGAGAGGCCUUAUCUGUCCAGCAGAAGGCUUUUCGUGAAGAAAAGGAGGGGUUGAAGGCUUCCGUUGGUCAGGUGACUGCGGAUAAUCAGUGGUUGAUCGAGCAUGGGUUUCAGCAGAUUGUGACUUAUCUUUUGCACUCUAAGGAAUUUAACUCUGCCCUUGGUGAUGUUUACACAAAGCUGCUGAACCUGGGGAAGCAUCAAGGCCUUACUGCUGGCUAUAAACUUCAUGAAUCUGGGCAACCUUUGGAGAAAUCACCCAUGUUUCGCCCUGAGGCUUCUGAUGUCUUCAAGGCUUCUGUUGAGCAGAUGGAGAGGCUAACCUACCCCUUUAUUCAUGAGGUAUCCUCUUGUUUUGGUAAGCCUUUGUCUGUUUUACAGGGGUUGAAGCCUGAGGGGUUAAAUGAGAAGGUUUGUGCUGAGGUUUUGGGUUCCUUGUCAAAGAAGAGGUCUUACUCCGGGGACAGUGAUGAUACCCUUUCGAGUCUGCCUGAAACCUCGAAAGAUGCUGGUUUGGAAACCUCUGCAGUUGGUGGUGAAGAAGUUGUGAAGGUGAAGAAGACAAAGAAAGCUAAAAAGUCUAAGGGUGAAGGUUCCAAGCCCUCUGAUAACUGACAUUUAUUCGUAGCUUUCUUAGCAAACAUUUUAUGUUUUGUAAUGUUUUAAACAAUGUUUAGGUUUUGGGGACCCUUAAGGUUCCCAUGGUUGGUUGGUUGGGCCUAUAUGGCUGUUGAACAUUAGUUUUAUUUGCAAGUCACUAGGGCUUGCUUUAACUGUCUUAUGAAGGUCUUUUAUGGCCUUUCUAACUUAUGACAUGAUGUUUGUCGUUGAUGUU